ACUGCGGACACAGUACAGGAGAUGGACCAGACACUGCGGACACAGUACAGGAGAUGGACCAGACACUGCGGACACAGUACAGGAGAUGGACCAGACACUGCGGACACAGUACAGGAGAUGGACCAGACACUGCGGACACAGUACAGGAGAUGGACCAGAGACUGCGGACACAGUACAGGAGAGGAGACUGCGGACACAGUACCGGAGAUGGACCAGACACUGCGGACACAGUACCGGAGAUGGACCAGACACUGCGGACACAGUACCGGAGAUGGACCAGAGACUGCAGACACAGUACAGGAGAUGGACCAGAGACUGCGGACACAGUACAGGGGA